ACAGGAAGUGUUCGCCCGGUGGGAUCAAAGUACCACACAGCCCAGCUUCCGGUUAACUUCAGCCAAGUGGAGGAAAGAAAUUACUGAACAAAGGUCAAAGGAGACGAUGGGCCUGGAAGUGGUUGACCUCCCUAAAGGUCCUCUAGAUGCCUACAGGAGAAAAGCCUCCUUCGACUGGAAGGAGAUGCUCCGCUUCAUCGAGGGAGAGGAAAUCAUCCAGUUCAAACAACACGUGUUCAGGACUCUGGAAAACGAUCCUCUGUUCGCCCGUCAGCCUGGAGAAGACGUUCCUAUAGAGAAGAAGAGAGAACUCAAUUUUCUCAGGGUGAAGCAGCUGUUUCGCUACAACUUCCUGACUGAGGAGGAAAUGAUGUCGGAUCCAUGGAAGGCGGUGAUACUGGAGGACUGUCUGGGGAUGUACGACUGGGCCAUGGUGGCCAAGUACGGUCUGAACAAAGGGAUGUUUGGAGGAACCAUCUCCAGCUCAGGCUCCCAGAGACACAGCAAAUAUGUUAAAGACACAGCUGACAUGUCGACUUUCGGCUGUUUCGCUCUGACCGAGCUGAGCCACGGCAGCAACACCCGCGCCAUGAGAACCACCGCCGUGUUUGAGGCUGCGUCUCAGGAGUUUAUCAUCAAUUCUCCGGAUUUUGAGGCGGCAAAGUUCUGGGUUGGAAACAUGGGGAAGACGGCCACCCACGCUGUGGUUUACGCUCAGCUCUACACACCUGACCAGGUGUGCCACGGCCUGCACUCUUUCAUCGUCCCGAUACGGGAUCCUAAAUCCCUCCUCGCUCUGCCUGGAGUCCUGGUGGGAGACAUGGGGAAGAAGCUGGGCCAGAACGGACUGGAUAACGGGUUUGCAAUGUUUUCCAACGUGAGAAUCCCAAGAGAAAACCUGCUGAACCGGACCGGAGACGUUACCCCCGACGGCCGCUAUGUGACGCCAUAUAAGGAUCCUAACAAGCGGUUCGGAGCGUCUCUGGGGGCCCUAUCAGGAGGUCGCGUCUACAUAACCAGGAUGGCCCUCACCAACCUGAAGCUUGCCGUUACCGUGGCGAUCCGCUUCUCAGCCACCAGGAAGCAGUUUGGGCCCAAUGAGGCCGUAGAGCUGCCGGUUCUGGAAUACCAGCUACAGCAGUGGCGUCUGAUCCCGUACCUGGCUGCAGCCUACGCCCUCGAACACUUCACCAAAACCAUCUUCAUGAACUUUGUGGAGUUCCAGAUGGGCCAGCUAAUGAGGGACAGCAGCGACAGACAGGCGGAGAUGGGGAGAGAGAUCCACGCCGUGGGAUGUUCCAGCAAACCCCUGGGAUCCUGGACGGCUCAGAGGGGCAUCCAGGAGUGCAGGGAGGCCUGCGGGGGACACGGAUACCUGGCCAUGAACCGGCUGGGAGAUCUGCGCGACGACAACGACCCAAACUGCACCUAUGAAGGAGACAACAACGUGUUGCUGCAACAGACCAGCAACUACCUGCUCAGCCUGUUCAACGCCAAACUGCAGCACGGAGCGCGGAUCCAGUCCCCGUUUCACACUGUGGACUUCCUGGAUGAUCACCUGAAGGUCCUGCAGAGCAGGUUCUCAGCUGAGACCGUGGAGGACUGUCUGAACCCUGAAGUUCCUUUGGCUGCCUAUAGGUGGCUGAUCUGCUUCCUGCUGGAGGAGAGUCAGAGGAGGCUGGAGCAACAGAGAGCUUCAUGCAACGAUGAGUUUGAGGCGCGGAACAACAGCCAGGUUUACUACUGCAGGUCUUUGGCCAUCAGCUACAUCCAGCACUGCUGCCUGCAGAGGUUCUAUGAGCAGACCAGUGACCAGGACACCCCCACUGGUCUCAGACCAGUGCUGAGGAAGCUGUGCGCCCUCUACGGACUGUGGAGCCUCAGCGACCACAUGGCCACCUUGUUCCAGGGAAACUAUCUGACUGGGAGGAAACCUGCAGAGUUGCUUCAGCUCAGCGUCCUCAGACUCUGCUCAGAGCUAAAGGAUGACGCUGUGGCUUUAGUCGACGUUUUGGCGCCAACAGAUUUCAUCCUGAACUCGCCCAUCGCCAACGCCGACGGAGAGCUCUACAAGAACCUGUGGUCGGCGGUGAUGCAGGGCAGCCAGGUGCUGCAGCGCCCCUCCUGGUGGAAAGAGUUCUGCUCCGAUAAGCCGGCGGUCGGAUCGCUGCGCUCCAAACUUUAAAGGAAAACAGCCGACGGAAGAAAACGUUUAUUUUAAUACGUCUGUUUUCAUUUCCUGAUGCUUCUAAUUCCACAGGAUGAUGUUUCUAAACCAUGAAAUCAGGAUUACUGGAUCAAAGUUUUAUAAAACUUCCUGUUUCCAAUCAUCCCUGAUGAAUAAUCUGAUUAUAUUAAUCUCAUCAUUUAUAAAUUAAGCUUUAACUGAACGGCUUUGAUGUCUGUAAAUUUAAAUGUUUAUUAAAGUCUGAACAUCAUGGUGACAUUUUUAGUGUUUAGAAUCGCUGAAAUUUGCAGAUAUUCUAAUGAAAGAAAGAAAAAUCAUUGAACUCUAACGUCGUGUUUCAGUUUAUUAAGGCUCAAAAUAAUAAUAAUAAAUAAU